AUUAAGAAGAUUUUUGUAUUAAUCUCUUUCUUCCGUGCUUUUAAACCAACAAUUAUAACUCCUAGCAUUGACUCCUUACAUAGCCUUCGCUUGGUCCAAGAACAUGAAAAUGAUGGAUCUGUUCUGUGCUUCUCCAGCUUCCACAGCCAUUUGCUCAAGCCUAGACCAUCGUUCCAUAGUGCGCCAUGGAACUAGACCUCUUGAUAGGAAGAGUUCUAAAUCUGAUUAUACACCAGCUUGUUCAUCUGAGUUGCCCCCUAGCCCCUGCAGUCCUUAUAGCAGGAAAAGUUCUGCUAAGCAAAGAGAUUUAUAUAGGAAAAGCUCCGCUGAAGAUAGUAGAUCGGUGAUCAGUUCUGUUAAGCAGAGUUAUUUACGUAGAAAAAGCUCUGCUGAUAUAAGUGAUCUGCAAAGUCGCCCUGUACCAGGUUCCUCCUCCAGGCACCUUCUUGUAAGCGAUACAGCUCCUUAUAUCGAUUGGAUUUCGGAGUCUGGUCAUCAUGAAGUCCCUGCAAUGGCUCCUAGCACUCAGCAUGCAAACCCGAGGCUUACAAAUAGCUUGAUUGAUUUUCCUGCACGGAGAUCUUCUUCUUUGGUUUGCUCUCGUGACUGGAUUUCAGAGGCUGACAACGUGUCUGACACUGGAAAUAAACCCAGUACUCAUAUGAGCUCAAAUGAUUCUCCUGCUUUAAGAUCUUCUUCCUCAACAUGCUCCCGUCAUCAGGUUGUGGUUUUGAGGGUUUCUAUUCAUUGCAAAGGAUGCGAAGGAAAAGUGAGGAAACAUAUCUCCAAAAUGGAAGGAGUUACAUCCUUCAGCAUAGAUUUUGCGACAAAGAAAGUUACGAUCAUAGGGGAUGUGACCCCUUUAGGCGUCCUUGCAAGCGUCUCCAAAGUGAAGAAUGCACAGCUGUGGCCAUCUGCAACAACAUCGCCUUCGCCAUCCCCACUCCCUUGAUGGUCAACCUGAGCUGUUGAUUCAUGCAUUCUGCCUCAUAAUUUCUUUUUAAUUGUUUUUACUAAUGCAUGAAUAGUGUGAAAUACUAGCAUGCAGGCUGUGUGGAAUUAAUAAUAGCUGUUUAAUCACGCUAAUCAAGAAGCUAGUGUGCCAUACAUACCAUAUGAAAAUGUGAGCUCUGUUUCAUGAGAUCGGUUGCAUCAUCAUGAGUAAUCUUACGUUGUUGUUUAAAAGUAAUUAGCUAAUGUGCAUCAUAAUUAAUUUC